AGUAAGCUCAUACAAAACGGAUCAAUGGAGAAAAACAAGAACAACCGCGCAACUACAUACAUAGGUCAAUAGCUUUUGCGAAACCGCCGAUGUGCCAUCUGUUUAUCCACCACGUGUUGCAACAAAAUUAGCUGAUAGUUCAGCGCAGAUCAGCUAUUGUUAACUUUUUUCUUGGCUCCCUCGUCGAGUUGACCGUCGCAAUCCACCUAGUCCGAACUAUGAGAGCGAUCGAUGGCGAAACAGAAGUGGCUUGGACUGGCUGCAACAGUGGCUGCAACAUGCAAGCACUCAGCUGUGGACUACUGUUCAUUUAAUGCUAGGCACUUGUCGGACUGGUCAGUUGCGAAAUUUUCGCAAGCCACUCAAAUCCAGUUUUCCCGCCAACCGCAAGCUAUGGCGAAAAUUUUGAAAUCGUAGGUUUUCAUUCAGUUUUUAAGUGCUUUCCAUUGAUGUCGGUCGACAUUGAGAAGGCAUCGGUAGUUCCUAAAAAAUACACGGAUAACGCAGAGAAACACGAUGUUAAGUAUUAUGAGGGUGAUCGUGGUAUGGAUUGUGUUGUUUGGGACAUUGGCUUUAAGUGUAGUUCGAGGAGACGAUGGAUAUCUGACAGAGCCGCGUAAGUCCAGCCUGCUUGAGGUUUAACUGAAAUCGGUGAAUGGAAAUAAAUUUAAGAUGUAACUAACAUAGGUUUAGGGUCAUUUACAAAUAAUUCUCCACUAAAUAGAAUUUGUUUCUCUGUACUUUCGGCGUGUAAUUUAUGCUUUGCCUUGCACUCGAAAUGAACUCGAAAUCGCACCAAACUGAAACUGAACCUUAUGAACCGAACUGAACUGAAAUUAAAUUCUACUCGAACCGCAGCAGAUUACAUCAAAGAGUGUAGGAUAGCGGAGAAGGAUUUUGUCAACUGCUCGACACACAGCAUCCAGCAGCUCUUCGACAAACUCAAUGACGGAAUACCCGGGCUGACGAGUAUCAAGAGCUUUGAUCCCUUUUUCCUGCAUCGUAUCCGGAUUUCGCAGGGCAACAGUAAUGCAAUCAAUCUCAAAGUAGAGUUGGCCAACGUUAUGAUCACCGGAUUCGGUCACACGAACGUUCUAGAGAGCCAGGUCUUUAAGAAGGACUACAGCUGGAAGACCAUUUUCACCUUGCCCGAGAUGAAGCUCCAGGGGAACUACAGCCUGUUUGGCCGUAUCCUUCUCAUCCCGCUAAACGGGCGGGGGCAGGUAUUCCUAGACGCCGAGAACAUGACUGUGACUAUGCACACGAAAACUCGACUGUACUCUAAGGGCGGGUUCACAUUUUACAAUGUGACCAACCUGCGAGUGGACUUUAAAAUGGACGGACUUAAGUCGUAUUUCUCCAACCUCUUCAACGGAAACAAACAAUUGGAGGACAGCACCAAUAAAUUCUUCAACGACAAUUGGCGCAUGUUGGCGGAUGCUUUAUACACCGUCAUUACCCAGACCAUCGAGGACAUUCUAUUGGAUGUCCUGAAGAAAAUAUUCCAUUUUAUUCCGGCUAACUAUUUCGUCAGCGAUAUCCCAACCCCAGAGCAGCUGUAUGGGAAGAUUGCCGCCAAGCCCAAAUGAAGUGCUUCUUCACUGUGGACGGCAGUCCAGGAGGUGACGACCUGCAUGCCUUGGCGUGCGCGAGGAGACUCUAUGUAUAGCCGAAGAAUAGUGAUUGAGGUAGAAAACACAAUAAUGCUGUAAUUCAGCCAAUAAAGUUUAAGGGUCCUCUUUAAAAGAGUUUUACACAUGCCCAGACACGAAAGUCCUUCCGGAGACUAAGAUACUUUUUGCCUCCCGCAUUAGUGUCGUUCAACUGUUGCCUUAGCAAAAACUAACGACGGCACCUUACGACGGCCCGAGUCCAGCCUAGCCGACCCUCCUCAGAAACAUAUAUCAGGAUAGACGUCAGCAAAGGGACAAGCAGGACACAGGCUCCAACAAAAAUGCACUGCCAUUGCAUUCAGCGCUAUGAAGCCAUUAGCCGAAAUUAAAGGGAUGGGGUGGCUGUUGAGGGUAACCGCAAAGUCAAAACCAGAACCGGAAGUAAGGGAAGAGCCGCGUGUUCGAAUUAAUUGCUGCCGAAUCAGACCCAGGCCCCAAAUAAAUUCCCGUUUUUUACGAAUGCUUUUUCUUCUCGGCCAUUGGGCUCGUAACCUCCCAAUAAUAUGCUGCAGCUGCAGUUGUUGCUGCACUCGCAGAGGCUGCAGCCGCAAUUAAAACGUUUGUCGCUGCGGCAGCCAUUACAAAUGCCAAACAAUUAGUUUAAAUUUAAUGCGCAGUGCGUUUUUGGCCUGUUAGUUGCAAACAUUUUGCGGUGUGUGGUUUUUAUGCUCCUCGCUCUCUUCCUAGGGCCGAUACAUUUUUUGCAGGAUGCAAGACUGCCAAAGACUAAGCGACAAAUCCCGUGCGUGAUUGCAAUAAAUUUGCCAGCUUCCGGUAGCAAAGCAAGACGGAGUUUGCACAUAAGAUAAACAAAUAACAUCACGAACCGACGGAAAAGGGUUGAGUCCCGCCAGUUCACAACCCCUCUCUGACGAAGCUGCAAAAAACAAAAGUCAAAUAAACGAGCAAAAACUACUGCGACGUGGAGACCGCAGAUCCUAGCGCGCAAGUGGCUGUGAAAGUAUUUCAAUAUUCCCAGCAAAUAUUGUUCAAUAUUUACAGUGACGACUGAGAAUCGGUUCCAGCGCCGAACGACUGUCAGUUCACUGUGUUCAUGCUAAGCCUUAAUUUGGCCCAAAAGUAUGCAGACUCUUCAAAUAAACCGCCCGAAUGUAUACAUAAAACAAAACUAUAUUUUUAAUCAUUUGGCUUUACGAUAUAUAAUAAACAUCAUUAUAACGUAUCAU